AUGGGCGCUGGAAGCUCGAAGCCCGAAGCUUCGGCUGGGUCCAAACAUAUUUUUGCAAGCGACACUCCAGUCCAAUUCUCUGCCAAUUUAGUCGAGGCUCUACAAUCGAGCAAAGAGACCGACUCAUCUCGUGCCAAGUCCCUUGAAUUACACAUCCAAGCGCGCGUCGCAGAAGAAUUAGAGCGCCUGCGACAAAGAGAGAAGCAAACCAUUGAGGAGAUUGAAAAGCGCGUAGCUGCCGAGUUACCGGAGCGCAAGGUUACCGGAGCGUCCUCUGUGUCGCCUUCGUAUGCUGCCCCAGCGGGAUCCUUAAACCUUGAUGCCCCCCGAAUUCCGUUUGCUGGACGAGAACACGAUGCGCCGUUAUUCCCCGUUGACCCUACUCUACAAGCGAAAAGCCCAGCUACCCCCCAGCAGGCCCCAGCCGUUGUCGACCCUUCACGUGAAUCCGUGCUGAAUGAGAUCGAGCGCCUACGAAGCAAGCUCGACUCGAGGAAGAAGCUGUCGGCACUAGAUGAGAACGUGGAGCGAGCCAAGACCGAGGUGGUUAACUGCCUGAGGAUAAACGACCGACGACCUCUCGACUGCUGGAAAGAGGUCGACUCGUUCAAGCAGGAAGUGGCUAAGCUGGAACGGGCUUUCGUCGAUAAGGUUAUUCCCAGCACCCUACCUAUCAAUGAUCAAUUCGAUAUAGACACUUUAUUCCCCAAUGCCAAUGCCUGUCAAGAAGUAGUCACCGCGGCCGAGGGCGUGGCAUUUCGCCGUCAAAUGCCCGGGCGUAUAUGCACUAACUACUUCGGAACUGCCCAAGAAGAGCGUCUACAGCAUGGGCAUCCCAUGACGGCCAAGCUACAAGAAGCCGAACCUGCGUCUGCGUCUGCAGCAUGGGCGAGUCUGAUUACGCGCAGGGUUCCGGGCCUCGGCGCUCUCUUGGGGACUGCGUGGCUGGCAGCGCUCGGCCUUGCCGUGGCAGUGUGCGGUUUGCUGCUGGGCGGCGGAAUGCAGGGCGACGUUGUUGUGGUUCGUGAGAGUAUGGCUGUGGGCAGCCCCUCCGCUGAGAUCAUCCGCACUCCGCCUAACUCCAACUCCAACUCCAACCCCAACCCCAGCUUCCACUGCGAAUCCUCCCACUCCCUCUCCUGCGACGCUUCUCACCACCACCACCACCACCAGCACUCCUCCUGCUGCUCUUGCGCCAAUCCACAGCUCGUCCUCUCAGACCCAGACAGCAUGAUCAUGGCUGCUCCCGGCCCCUCCGUCGAGGCCGCUCUGCGGGUCGCACGCGACUUCGAAGUCUCCUCCGGACAGUUGCAACGCGGGGUGGAUGAAUUUCUGCGCGAGAUGUCUGAAGGCCUGUCCAAGACCGGUGCAACCCUCAGCCAAAUCCCGACUUUUGUGACAAGCGUCCCCAAUGGCACUGAGAAGGGACUCUACCUUGCCGUAGACCUCGGCGGCACCAACUUUCGGGUCUGUUCUAUCGAGCUUCGUGGCGACAGCACCUUUAAUCUCACCCAAUCCAAAGUCGCCAUCCCUCGUGAUUUGAUGGUGGCCAAAUCUUCCAAAGAACUGUUCAAGUUCCUCGCAAAGCAGAUCGAAUCCUUCCUUGAGAUUCACCAUAACGACCACUUUGAAGCGACUGUCCGGAGACGUCGUCUGACUGGCACCACAGAUCAGUACCGCCGGGAAGAGAUUUUCGACUUAGGGUUUACUUUUAGUUUCCCUGUCCACCAGACUUCGAUUAACAGGGGCACCCUGAUUAGGUGGACUAAGGGGUUCGAUAUCCCGGAUGCCAUCGGGCAAGAUGUUUGUUUAAUGCUGCAGGAUGCCAUCAAUGAAUUGCAUCUUCCGGUCCGGGUGGCAGCCCUGGUCAAUGACACCGUUGGCACCUUGAUGGCUCGUUCUUACACGUCUCCCGGUAAGACGGAGACCCUCAUUGGAGCCAUCUUCGGCACAGGAACCAACGGUGCCUACGUCGAGGAUCUUGGAAAAGUAACGAAGUUGAAGGCGAUGGGAAGCACGGGGUUUGACAAUUCUACUCAGAAAAUGGUCAUCAAUGCGGAAUGGGGCAGCUUUGACAACCAUCUCAGUGUCCUCCCUAACACCAUAUACGAUCAGCAGCUCGACGCCGAGUCAAAUAACCCUGGUAUCCAGAUGUUUGAAAAGCGGGUGUCCGGCAUGUUCCUCGGAGAAAUCCUCCGUCGCGCCGUCUUAGCGUUGACUAAGGAUCCCGAGGCCAAGCUGCUGCCACAGAUUGCUUCCGACUCCCCCCUUUAUCAAGUUUGGGGUAUUGACACCAGCUUUCUGAGUGCCAUUGAAGCUGACACAUCCCCUGACCUCACCGAAACGAAAGCUGCUCUGCUGGAGCAUCUCAAAGCAAGCAAUGCCAGUACCGAUGACGCGCAAGCAGUCCGAGCGAUUGGCCAUGCUAUAGCCAAGCGUGCUGCGCGCCUUAGUGCGGUGGCUCUUUCAGCAGUUAUAUUGGACACGAAACGGCUAGACACCGACGAAACCGUCGAUGUCGGAGUCGAUGGCAGUCUUGUGGAGUUUUAUCCAAAGUUUAUCGAAUACAUUCGAGAAGCCAUGCGAGAAAUUCAGGACAUUGGAGAGAAAGAACGGAAGAAAAUCUAUCUUGAAAGCGAAUGCAAACUCAAAUACACACUCCAAAUAACUCCACAAAAGCUCCCAAACACAACUCGUCUAUCCACCGGUAUGACGGUAUACAUCAACGCGGCAACAAUCGGUCUAUAUUUGAGUCUCGCAACCAUAAUAUCAGGCAUAUCCUCGCGCACGCGCGUAGAUGUGGACGUCCACGACUUUCCCUUGAGUAGAUUGAUGAGGACUAUGAAGAGCCAGACGUUAACCACUGACCCGACGGUUUGGUCCAGGAAGAACUUUUUCAGAAAGUUCCCUAUACCGCUGCUCUGGCGAGUGGACUUUCUGGGAGACCAGUCCUCGAUUGGGAUUACGACGUUUGGAACGUCUGCUCUCUUGGUGCCUCUGGAGGAAGAAGAAGACGACGACGACGAGAACCAGCUAGAGGAUGAAGGAAAGCCAGGGAAAUGCGCUUCCAUCCAUCGCUGCCAGUAG